GCCAGUGUCCAGAAAUUAAACAUUGCUUCAUUUCGAUCAUGGAUUCCGGCCACCGUUAAAAAAAUACGCGACACUGAUUUAAUCUAAUCUCAAGAUGUAGUGAUCCCAAUAUUAUAUAAAAUAAGAGCUUCGCUGGCGGGAUUUGACGCAUCAGAUGAGAAUAAAAGAUGUGUUGGACAGGCACAGCUUUCAGUACGAUUCCUGCUGACGCUGAAAGACGCUGACCAGAAUGAUGCUGUUUGUACACAUUUUGUGUGCUUUAUUGAUCUUAGGCGCAUUGGCGGAUGACGAAUACGUCGUGAUAACUAAAAACGAUUACGAAAAUAAUCAGAUUAAUUUUCCGCCACUUUCGACGAACUUUGUAAAAUACCUGCCGACUUGGGACAGUCUAGACAAUCGACCACUUCCAUCUUGGUACGAUGAAGCAAAAUUGGGAAUUUUCAUUCACUGGGGUAUAUUCAGUGUACCCAGCUUUGGUUCUGAAUGGUUUUGGAACAAUUGGAAAGAGGAAAUUAUAGAUACAAAAUAUCGUGACUUUAUGAAAGAAAGAUACCCUCCAAACUUUACCUAUCAAGACUUUGCACGUGACUUCACUGCUGAAUUUUUCAACGCUACCCAGUGGAGUGAAAUAUUCCAAGCAUCAGGUGCAAAGUAUAUUGUAUUAACUAGCAAACAUCAUGAAGGAUAUACAUUGUGGCCAUCAAGGUACUCAUUCAGCUGGAAUGCUAUGGACGUAGGACCUCGAAAGGAUCUUAUUGGUGAACUGGCACAAGCUAUCAAAAGCACAACUGACAUCAAAUUUGGCCUGUACCAUUCCAUGUACGAAUGGUAUAAUCCUCUUUACCUGACGGAUAAGCAGAACAAAUUUGCAACAGAUACAUUUGUAACUCAGAAAAUAAUACCAGAAUUACGAGAGUUAAUAGAAACAUAUAAACCAGAGGUAGUAUGGUCGGAUGGCGAUUGGGAAGCAUCAGAUUCUUACUGGAAAUCGAAGGAAUUCUUAGCAUGGUUGUACAAUGAAAGCCCGGUGAAAGAUACAGUGGUGGUGAAUGAUAGAUGGGGUAGCAACAUUCCAUGUCAUCAUGGUGGCUUCUACACAUGUACAGAUCGUUUUAAUCCUGGUGUGCUUCAAAAUCACAAGUGGGAGAAUUGUAUGACUAUUGACAAAAAGUCUUGGGGAUAUCGUAGAAAUGCCGUUUUGGCGGAAUACUAUACAUUGGAGGGAUUAGUGGCAGAAUUGGUAACUACUGUAAGUUGCGGUGGAAACUUAUUGAUGAACAUUGGACCGACAAAAGAUGGUAUUAUUUCGCCAAUAUAUGAAGAAAGAUUACGUGGGAUGGGUGCUUGGCUAACGGUUAAUGGAGAGGCUAUUUAUAAUACUAAACCUUGGUCUGUGCAAAAUGAUACUUUAACAGGCAAUGUUUGGUACACACAAAGUAAAGAUGAGCAACAACUUUAUGCUUCGAUUCUACAAUGGCCAGAUGAUGAUAUACUGUAUCUAGGUUCACUUAAAAUAACAGGAAACUCUCCAAUAUAUUUACUUGGCUAUCCAUCGACAAUCAAUUGGGAACAAAUUGAUAAUAAAUUGGCGAUAUAUUUACCUAUUAAGGCACAUCAAAAUCAGCCAGCUUGGGUAUUGAAAUUAAUAAAAAAAUAAGAAUAUGUGGGAGAUGACAUUUCACACAAGGACCGGUUUUGUCUUUAGAAAAAAUACUUGUCUACUUUACCAAAAAUAUAUUUUUAUUAUU